AUCAAUUAUUGUCCUUUUGGUGGUCCAUAAACAACUAGCAAAACAAGACUUGGGAAGACUUUGGUGAAGGAGGACGAAGACGACUUUGUGAAGGAACAAAGCAACGAUGGCCGAUCCUGUAAUUGGUGCUACAGUUCAAGUUGUGCUUGAGAAGCUGCUUUCUCUCACUAUUGAGAAAGUCAGUAGCUCAAGGGACUGCAACAAACAUCUCAGAAUGUUGACACAAAAUGUAUCCAUCAUUCAAGCUUUCAUUCAUGAUGCUCAAAGACGACAAGUUGACGAUCAGGCUGUCCAAAAAUGGCUCGAGAUGCUUGAGAGAGUUGCUGAAAAUGCUGAAAAUGUGUUUGACGAAUUCACAUAUGAAUCUCUCAAAGCACAAGUCCGAAACAGCCCAAUGAGAAAGGUCAGUGGUUUCAUUUCUCAUACUGCUUUUCAGAGCAAAAUGUCUCGAAAAAUAAAAAACAUCAAUGAAGAGUUGAGGGCUAUCAAUGAGUUAGCCAAAGACCUCGGUCUCCAAUCACUCAUAGUUCCUUCUCAGCAAAUACUACCGAUUCGAGAAACAGAUUCCUUAGUAGUUGCUUCGGAUGUCGUUGGUAGAGACAAGGAUGUUGCUGAAAUUAAGGAGAAGAUGUUGAACAUGAGAAUGGAAGUUGUUCUGUGCGCCAUUCCCAUAGUGGGCAUGGGGGGUUUAGGGAAAACUACUAUUGCUAAGAGAAUUUUCAAUGAUGAACAAAUCAAGCAAAACUUUGAAAAGAGAGUUUGGUUGUGUCUACCUGAAAUGUCAGACACUAAGAGCUUUCUUCAACAGAUCCUCGAAUCGUUGACAGAGAGAAAACUUGAGGUCCAAACCAGGGAUAUAAUAGUCAAGAAACUCCGAGAUGAACUAGGAGGAAAAAGAUAUUUGCUUGUCUUAGAUGAUUUGUGGCGUGUUGACCUUCCAGUGUGGGAUGAGUUCAUGGACAGCUUGAGAGGAGUAAACACUUCCACAGGAAACUGCAUUCUUGUGACGACUCGUAUGAAACUGGUGGCGUCCACAGUAGCAGCAGUGGGUCCUCAUAUGUUGGAAAAAUUAACAGAAGAUCAAUGUUGGUCUAUUUUCAAACAAAAAGCAUUUGUUGAUGGGGAAGUACCGGAGGAAAUACUGAGCGAGGAGAACAGGAUUGUUGAAAUGUGUCAAGGUCUACCGUUGGCAGCAAGUGUGUUGGGAGGCCUCUUGCGCAACAAGGAGAAACAUGAAUGUCGGGCAAUUCUUGAUGAAAACCCCCUUGUUGCAGGUGAAGAUGAUAAUGGAGAAAAUAGCUUAAAGAAAAUCCUAAAACUCAGUUAUGUUUAUCUACCAUCUCCAUAUCUAAAAAAAUGUUUUGCUUACUUUGCAAUGUUUCCAAAAGAUUUUAAGUUUGAAAAGGACCAACUAAUCCAACUCUGGAUGGCAGAAGGAUUUCUUCGUCCAUGUCAAGAGACCACUGUGAUGGAAGACGUCGGGAACAAGUUCUUCCAACUCUUGCUGCAAUAUUCCUUGCUGCAAGAUGUUGAGCUAGAUGUGUACAACAAUAUAACACUCUGUAAGAUGCAUGAUUUUGUGCAUGAUUUGGCUGGAGAUAUCUUAAAGUCUAAACUAUUUGAUCAAAAGAGUGUUGGAGGAGAAAAUCUUUCUCAAGUUCGAUACUUUGGAUGGGAAUCACCAAGUGAUCAAAUAGAUAAGAUAAACGAGCCAGGACGUUUGUGCACAUUGUUCUGGGAAAGAAAUAUAUCUGAAGAUAUGCUGUUGAGCUUUCAGUUCUUGAGAGUUUUAAAUUUGUCCGGAUCUUGGAUGGAGGAGUUGUCAGCCAAAAUCGGCAAGCUAAUAUACUUGAGAUAUCUUGAUCUCUCCAACACUGAGAUCAAAGACUUUCCCAACUCCAUUUGCAAGCUCUACAAUUUGCAAACAUUUAGAGUCAAUGACUGUCCUUCACUCAGGAAGCUUCCAGAAGAAAUGGCAAAUAUGAUAAGUCUGAGACACAUAUAUUGCAGCUGUGAUUACCUAUCAGGAAUUCAUGAUCAGUUUCAGAUGCCACUUAAUAUGGGGCAAUUGACUAGUCUUCAGACGCUACAGUUUUUCUGCGUAGGUUUAAAGAAAGGUCGUCAAAUAGAGGAAUUAGGUCAUUUAAAAAACCUUAGAGGUGAAUUGACGAUCAAACAUCUCCAAUUGGUCGGAAAUAAAGAAGAGGCUCGAAGAGCAUAUUUACAGGAGAAGCCAAAUAUCUACAAGCUGGCAUAUUUAUGGUCCCAUGAUGAAUCAGAAGGCUGUGAGAUCAAUGAUGAGCAUGUGUUGGAUGGUCUUCAACCGCAUCCUAACUUGAAAACAUUUGAAGUGGUGAACUAUUUGGGGACUAGAUUUCCUUCAUGGUUCAGUGAAGAAUUGCUACCAAAUUUGGUCAAGUUGAAAUUAAGUGGUUGCAAAAGGUGCAAAGAAAUUCCAUCGCUUGGCCAACUGAAAUUCCUUCGGCAUCUUGAGCUGGUAGGAUUCCAUGAGUUGGAAUGCAUUGGACCUGUUUUAUAUGGUGUUGAGGUUAGCAAUAUUGGAUCAAGCAGCAAUAUCCAAGUGUUCCCGUCAUUGAAAGAACUAAUAUUGGGGGAUAUGGCUAAACUUAUUGAGUGGAAGGGAGAUGAAGUUGGAGUAAGAAUGUUUCCUAGGCUUGAGAAGUUGAGGAUUGCAGUGUGUCCACUGUUAAAAAGUACUCCAAGUCACUUUGAAAUCCUCCGUGAAUUAGUGAUUGAAUGCGUUGACAGUGAAAUGCCAUUGUUGAACUUGUGCAGCAACUUGACAUCUCUCUUAGAGCUUAGAGUAUAUAAGGUGAAAGAGCUCACUUGUCUUCCCGAUGAGAUGCUACGCAACAGCGUUUCUCUUCAAUACCUAUCGAUCUCAGAAUGUGGAGAGUUUCGUGAAUUGCCACAAAGCUUGUACAAUCUCCAUUCUCUUGAGACUUUACGUAUUAUCCGCUGCACCAAUUUCAGUUCUUUUCCUGCUCCCAGUGGAGAGAACUAUUUGACUUCCCUCCGAAGUCUUGAGUUACGGAAUUGUGAUGGAUUGGCCAGUUUACCAAGUGGAAUGCUAGAGCAAUGCCUGUCUCUACAGUCUUUGUGGGUCAGCAACUGUAAGAACUUAGUUUCCUUGCCUUUACAGGUGUGGGAAAUGCCCUCACUUUCAUAUUUGGACAUAUCAGAAUGUCCCAAAUUGAUUAGUGUACUCACAGGGGGCCUUCACCUUCUCACUGGGUUACGGCAUUUGGGAAUUGGUCCUUUCUCAGAGAUGGUGGAUUUUGAGGCAUUCCAAUUGAUAUUUGAUGGCAUUCAGCAGCUGUCGUCCCUUCGUCGUUUGGAGGUGUCUGGAAAUACGCAGUGGGAUUCUCUGCCCUAUCAGCUUAUGCAACUCUCUGCCCUAACAGAAAUCACAAUAGAUGAUUUCGGAAUCGAGGCUCUUCCUCAUAGACUUGACAACCUUACUUCUCUUGAAACAUUACGUCUAAUGGGGUGCCAUCGGCUACAACAUCUGAACUUCUCCGAUGCCAUGCCCAAAUUACGGGUUCUGUUGAUACUUGAUUGUCCAUUGUUAGAAACUCUGUCGGAUGGGCUCGGCAACCUUGUUGGUUUGGAAGAGUUGAGUUUAUGGUACUGCGAAAAACUAGAGCAUCUGCCAUCCAGAGAUGCCAUGCUACGCCUCACUAAUUUAUGGGACCUAAAAAUUGAAGAUUGCCCACAGUUAGAAGAAAGUUGCACCAAUCGGAUUGGCCCAAACUCCCAGUGGUCCAAGAUUUCCCAUAUUGGACGGAUUAAUUCUAGGUGGAACCAUAAUUCAGUAUAGACGUAACUAGUUCCAAGGUCAUGCUAGAAAGUCGCUGUGGUAAAUCAAGCCAAAUCCCUUGAGCGGCAGACAAUUACGUUAGGUUACUAGGUACGUCGUUGUGGUACAUCAAGUCACAAUCCAUGGGAAGCAAUUACGCAAUUACGUAAUCAUGAAAACAAAGGAACCACCACUUUUAUUUUGUAUGAAGAAGAGAAUCUUCAGCUGUAGACUCGUUACGGGACACUUUCAUGAGUAUUUGGGUACUGAACAACCUUUUCUGGGAACUGAAAUCUACAUAUGAAACAUCAAAAAAAUUCAAAGCAUUUAGGGUGCCCAAUGAGAAACUACACGGGAGAGGCAAAUUUAGCCCUUGAGAAGGACAUGAAUGGAUUGACCUGUUUGAGGGAUUAUAUAUGAGUCAUUCUUAUAACGAGAGUGUGAUUAGAUAGGAACAAGUAAUUCAACUGGUGCUCUCAAUAAUGACUUGAAUGCAUUGCAAAUUUAUUUCCUUUUUGCAGAACUUUUAGAAUUGUUUUUCAUUGAUGAUAGGUGUGUUUUUUGCACUCUCAUAGUAUUAAUGUCUGAUUCCUCCCGUCUCCCAACAUGUACGAAAUAAGAAGAACUUCAGUAUUUGUCAUAUCUAUUCUGGUGCUAUAAUGAAGAUAAUGAACAAAAUGGAUGGUCAGGUGCCAUUGAAAUCUGUUUAUGAGGUAUUCAGAUUGGCACAUUUGCUUCAGUAGUGACGUGGCUGCACGAAGCUUGAAUACUUUUUUUCUCAACUUCCCCUAAAUAUCAGGUCUUGUAUAUGGUAGAAAUCUAUGACAAUUUCUCCAUUCAAUUAAACUUUUGCGAUUGAAGGACAAAGACAGUUGUCAUGGAUCUUAUUGCAAAGAGUGACCCAUUGGCUCUUAAAAUGUCCUUAUUUGUUCAUCUUAACAGAUACAUGUAUGAACCUUGUCGAAAUGGUACUUGUGGUAGAUGUGUUUCAGUGUCAUAAUUGGCAAGGGAAAUUGCAUUCUGUAAACUAGUUUGCAUUUGGCUGAAACUGGAUUGGAGAUAUUAUUUCCCAGUUUGUAUGUGGAAAAUCCCAGAAAAGGGUCCAAAGUGAGUGAUUAAGUUUUGUUGCGUAGGAUAAUCAGUUGAGCUUUCCGAGUAUCCAAUGGACCAGUCGGAAUGUUAGACCCUAAUUUGAUAGCGAAAAUAUUAUCCUUCUACUGCACUUUGUUUUGAUAGAGAUAUAACAGAGAUAUAUUCUUUCACUUUUCAUUUCUU